AUGAAGGAAGCCACGGAGGGGAAAUCCACGCGGAUUUAUUUAUUUAGGCAUGACCGCGUUGUCCAAAGUGCCCAUCCGUCAAGGGGCUCGGUGGCAGAGUUGAUGAGUAGCCCUUUGACGAAUCCCCAGGCAAGGCCAUAUGUGCCUCUCAAUGCAACUUGGUUCAACCACCCGUUAUGUCUCCGGGCAUCCAACGUUGUACCCCAGUAUCCCUUAGCUACCUAUGCUGCCUCAGAACCCGGUGUCGGGGCACUGGGAUCGGGUAGUCACAUUGCCGAUGCAUCUGCAUUCCCGUUGGCCUGGUACGAAACCAGGUCCUCAGCGGUGCUUAUUGAUGAGAUCACCGAACAUCGAUCAUCAGGACCCGGGGCUCAAAAGAGUCGCUUGACGGCGAUUCUCUCCGCGUAUCCGAAACUUCUGGGGAUUUGGAAUUCCGUGACCUUGCAAUACCCGCUUUCGGGAUCCGAAAACCCGAAGGCUGUUCGCUGCCAGACUCACAAAUACUCCUUAGCGGAUCGUGCCAUUAUCCUGCGCCCAACAUCUGUUGCUUCUGAACUACACGCCUGCGGGGAAAUCGAAGAUCAGAAGCUGAAUGAGAAAGAGCUUGUUAUUUGUCCAAUGUUCACUGAGGAAGCGGCACAGAACGCAAAAGUGCUGCGCAAUGCAUAG